GCCAGCCCCUCUUCUCCUGCCCAUAUACCAUUCCUCCCACUCUGGCGAACAACCCUCGUAUUUCCCACGCUACAGGCUCUUCUAUUGCUAUCUUCAUCGUUUUUCAAAAUGGCGGCCAAAAUGCCAAGAAACUUCAGACUUCUCGAGGAGCUCGAGAAGGGUGAGAAGGGCCAGGGAGCAGAGGCAUGCUCGUAUGGUCUCGCCGACGGAGAGGAUAUGAUGAUGAGCAACUGGAACGGAACCAUCCUUGGCCCCCCUCAUAGUGUCCACGAGAACCGUAUCUACAGUGUCAAUAUUCAUUGCGGGCCCGAUUAUCCCGACAACCCCCCUACUAUACAAUUCGUUUCCAAAGUGAACAUUCCUUGCGUUGACCCACGGUCAGGAAAGGUUGAUCCGACCAAACUGCCUUGCCUUGCGCAAUGGAAACGUGAUUAUACCAUGGAAACGGUCCUGAUUGAGAUCAGAAGAUAUAUGGCUCUUCCACAACACAAGAAGCUGCCGCAGCCUCCCGAGGGUUCCAACUUUUGAGCUUUGAUAUCUUCUGUAUUGAUCAGAAUAUGCAAACCGGAGUACCAAGGUUGGCUUUUUAUGAGUUGAUGUCCUUUUCCUCUUUAUUUCUAGAUUGUGUAUAGCCAUGCAUAACAAAAAGCAUCAGCGGCGCGUCAGUAAAACAUUAAAUCGGUUUCUCAAAACCCCCUGGAGCUGGUAUGAUUCAUUGUAACGCAUCGAUCAUUUUUAUAGUAUUAUUAUCAACCCAAACACGUGACUCGGCGGAAAGUGACCUCCGGAGAGUCGGAUCUUCAAAGACGGUCCCCUGUCCGAAUUCCUUCCUGCAGCUGCAGCUUGGUGAUCUUGUUUCUGCAAAGACCAA